AGUGCUGACUGCAAAUGGCUACCAACCAACUUUAUAAAACUGCAGUGCAUAAAGUUUCAAGAGCCAAAAACUCCAAAGUAUUUCAAUGUAUACAGUCACACACACAGACAUGUGUACACUUAUAUUACAUAUAUAUAUAAAUAUAUAUUUAUACAUUAUAUUUUAUAUAUAGAGAGAAAAUAAAGUGCCUGGAGAGUCCUAUUCAAGGAAGAUCCCAUCUUGCAACAGAGAGGGUCCCUUCCCCAUAUUUCCAAUUGAAUAACCCUGUCUAUUUGAUCAGUGUAGUACUGCUUUGCACUUUAUAGAGCAAAGAAUAUGAAGGUAUUUUAAUUCAAACAUUAAGGAGGGGGACUUUCAAAGGAGCACGCAAAAUGCUCCAUGCGCUUGUGCAAUCUUAGGCUCUUGCUUAUGCAACACAGGUCCCUUUCCUUCAGGUCUGAGAUAGAGACUAAACUGAAUUCCUCAUCCAUUUCAACUCCUGUAAGGCACACACAUCAAAUUCAGAGAUUUUACUUAAAAGAAGUAUAUAUAUUUAGGAGCUACUGAAAGGAACGACUGUUUUCCAUGGGGCAACCACAGCCAGCUAGAUCUGAAUGUCAGAUUUACAGCCUCUUAAAAGAAAGGCUGUUACCAUCGUGGCUCUUAGCGAAAACAGCUGAAUUUAAUAGCUACACCGGGGCGUCCCAAUUAUGUGCUUUAUUUCUUUACAUGACAGAAACAUUAAGAACAAAAUUGCAGUCCCCAAGAUGGAAUUAGAUGAAGUCACCUGCUGUGAAAGGUUUGGUGUUGGGGUGGUUUUAUAUAAAAGCAAGGCAACAAGCAAACUCGCAGGACAUUUUCCAACGGGGAAGAGGUGGAGUGAUUCUGCAACCUCUCUCAGCAAGCAGAAUGCAGAAGUCCAGGAAGGCCUUUGUUGGUAUCCUCCUGUUUAUUGUGUCUGUGGAAAUCUGCUUGGCUCAGCACUGGUCUUAUGGCCUGCAACCAGGAGGAAAAAGGAACGUGGACAAUCUGGGAGAACUGUUUCAAGAGAUUGCAAAUGACAUGGAAAAGAUAGGGGAAGUGCAGAAGACGGAAUGCCCGGGCUCAUAUCAGCAUCCCCAGUUUACUGAUCUGAAGGAAGCCAUGGCAAGUCUGAUUGAAGGAGAAGCCAGACGAAAGAAGAUUUAAACCCACAAAGCCAAAGGAACAACGGACCCAGAAUAAAAUUUCAAAGCAACAUUAAAACCAGUUCCUCCUAAAAUGGAUUAGAUUUCAUUAUGUGAAUAAAUUCUGUGAAGUUGUAUUUAAGUGAAAGAUGCUGUUGUAUAGAUUACCUGCUUAAAAGAGAACACAUUCUAGUCCGGUGGUGGGGAAUCAGCACCAUAGGGUUGGCUUUUUCUGCAAUGAAAACUCGGACACGACAACUUUUGUUUCGCACACAUGGGCAAUGCCUGGGCAAGGGCACUGUCUGAUCUCCCCCGUCUCUGGAUGCAACAACAAUACAACAUUAAAAAUUAGGAAUAAAUUUACUGUUGGAAGGCAAUUCCUCUCACACGUCA